AUGAUAAGAAUGUUUAGAGAAUAAGAGAUACUUCCUUAAUUGGUGGAAAUUUGUAAGUUGCAUUUUAAAUGGAUCAAAUUUGAUAUUUUUGAUAUUAAUGGCUUGAACUUGAAUGAACCUCAAUUGUUCAAUUGUAAAUGGAAAAACAUCAAAAUACAUGAGUUAAAUAAAUUAGAAGGUCAUUCAUAUGCAGUUUUUUCAGUCAAUUUCUCUCCUGAUGGUACUAAAUUAGCGUCUAAUAGUUAAGAAUAUUAUCUAUCCGUUUAUGUGAUGUUGAUAUAAGGAGUAUUGAAUGAACAAUAAAUUUCACUUAUCUAUCAUGAAAAGCAAAAAAAAAAUAGUAAGCUUCAAAAUUUUUUUUGCUCAUUUUGGGCUUCGCCUAAAUGA